AUGGCUACAACUAUUGAUAAACAACAAAUUGGCAGUUUUAAUACAACCAGGCCAUUGACAGGCGGAAGUUAUAAUAAAGGAAUUUUCUCUGAGAUACAAGCAAAGAUUGACAGAUACUCUCUUUUGCAGACAGAUCUUGGGUUAAAGAUAUAGUAACCAAUAGCUUGGAGGAAACCAUUGCAAGAGUGACCCAUGAACUUAUCCAGUAUUGAUGAGAAAGGAAAAAUACUCUUGAAGAAGAAAGUUCUAAGGUCUCAAAUAGUAAAGACCGAAGCAGGCGAUGAUUGACUAAAGCUAGAGGACAUACCUCAAGGUUGAGCAGAAGUAGUAACCUGACGAAUAGUGAUGACUUCAAAAGCAUGGACUCAAGACUUGGCGUUUCCUUAAAAAUGUCAAGUUAUCAUAGGAAGGAGCUUCUCGAGGAAUUCCUUGAUGUUCGAGAUAGCCUCAAAAUUUUAUUUAAUGCGAUUAUCGAUGAAGUUUGGAAGCAUUGCCACAAACUGAAAGAUGAAGUCCAUACCAAGUCGGUUGAUAGGCAAACUCAGGAAGGAAUAGGAAAGAGAAAAGUAAAGAAAUUUGGAGGUAAAAAUAAGAUCAUUGCCAAUAAACGUGCUGUGAAGUCAAAACCUCAAACCACGAGGAUAAGAAAUAAUUCAAAUAAAUCAAACUGAAAGAAUGGCAGGAAGCAUGAUAUAGUUGAUAAAUUCAAAAGAAUACGCUCUCGAAAUCAAGGGUAUUCAAGGAAUAUCAUCAAUAAGACUCAGAGAAAUUUUGAGACUCAGCAUGUCACCAUAGAUUUGAAAGAGAUGGAUAAGAGCACGCUACAAUCAACUCUUUUCAAAGAGAAUGAACAAAAGCAAAGCUCCACUCAUCUAUAUAACACUCCACCUUCAACAUUGCAAAACAAAAAGUUUCAGGAAGUUUCUGGGAUGAGCUCUUCUACAAAAGUAAGUCAGAGGAAAUUUCUGGAGGGUCAAGAUACAUACAAAAGGGCAGAUUUAAAGAUCGAUGUUGAGCCGAAUCACAUGAAGGAUUCCCCAGUCAAGCAAUAUAUUUACAACUCCUUAAGAAGUAAAGAGGGAGUCAAUCCAGAAAUCUUCCAAAGAAAGAACAAUGGCUUAAACACACUGGCCAGUGAGCCCUUCUUGAGAAAUUUCAGCAAGGAAUCUGAUAUGUGAGACCCCAUGAGCUGAAAUAUUUCGGAAGAGAACUAUCCUGAACAAAGAAUUUCCUUUGAAGAGAAGAUUAACUACUGCCAUAAGUUAGCUAACGAGGGCGAUGAGAGUGAUAAUGAAAAUUUCGACAUCAGACAGCAGCUUUUCAAGGCAUUUGGAUAUAACCAAGCUGAUGAAGAGUUUUAUAUCAGUCGUCGGAGAGGUGCUGUUGGAGAUGACCAUCGAGAUCAUAACUAUAACAAUAGAAUUUUACAUAUCAGACAAGCUUGGGAUCCUAAUAAGCAGAUUACGCCUACCUCAAGUAUACGUAGCAGUGAACUCUCUAAAAUGAUUAAAAUGGAGGAUUCUGAAGUAUCAAGCGACAAGAAUAUGCUUGAUUCUUUCAAAUAAACCUAAGAAGAAAGAAGAGGUAAAAUCAAUCAGGCCAAAAAGAAACUUAAACAAAAAAAGCAGUAGUCCCAAAGUCAUGCAGAAAGUGAUUUAUUCCUUGCGAGGAAAUCUUAGGGAUAAAGAACUAUAUCACUCAAAUUCAAUGAAGAAGUUACAGAAGAAAGAAAGUUUUGAUAUUAUCUCUAAGGCAAGAGAGGCAUGUGACCAGUACUUGAAGCACCUCGACUCAAAAAGUUCUGAGAGAGAAAGUAUUGAGAAGCUACUGAACUCUAAUGAUAUUGAGGAAUCUAAGCAACUGCGGACCACACCUAUUAGAGGUAACCUAAUACCAUACCUAGGUCAGGCCAAUACAAUUCCAAACAGAAAAGUUAGGUAUCAGGAUUAUCUAAUGAACAACGAACCUUCUAGUUCUUCUGGAAGGAAAUCCUAUCUCGAUUUGGACCAUAUUUCAGGGAGCCUCGAAGAUCAGCAGGUAAGACAAGGCGAGCAAGAGCCCUAGAAAUUAGCUGUGCUUUAAAUUGGAACUGAUUAUUUUCACAUCUUGAGGAACAAAUCAGAAAAAGAUUUAAGAGUGAAAGAUC